AUGGAAUCCGUUGGUGUUUCUCUAUCUGGUCGAGUGGAAAUAAUUUUAAACGACCAAGGAAACAGAAUUACUCCGUCUUAUGUUGCUUUUUUGGAAGAUGGCUCGAGACUGAUAGGUGAUGCAGCAAAAAAUCAAAUCACUAUGAACCCUACAAAUACAGUUUUUGAUGUUAAAAGAAUUAUCGGACGAUCUUGGGAUGAUGAUAUGCUGGCCAAAGAUAUCAAAAACUUUCCUUUUAAGAAAUAUGCUAGUCUGCUUUAA